UAAACCAAAGCCACCAACCAUCUCCAUCUCAUCAUCACCGAAACCCGUUGAAGUCAGCACAACUAAUCACACAACAUCGCCCACCAUGAGCUACUCUCUCUACGACGCCACCAUCCCCGUGGCCAGAAAUGCCCUCAAGUCUCUCUUCAACGUGCUCAAGAAGGGCGAGGCCGCUCCAAACGCCGCCGACCUCCUGUCCGCCUCCAUCUACCAUGACAUGCUGCCCCUGACCUUCCAGGUCUUCAUGGUCACCGACACCUCGACCAAGAUUGCCGCGCGUCUGCAGGGCGUCGAGCCCCACGCCUGGGACGGCAAGAUCGAGAGCUACGCCGAGUGCUUCAGCCGCAUCGCCAAGGCUGAGGAGAUCCUAGCCGCCGCCGACAAGGAGCUCAUCAACCAGCGCCAGGCCGAGAUCGUGCCCCUUGGCCUGGGCAGCCGCGGAACCGUCCAGAUUCCCGGCGUCAGCUACGCCAACGGCCACUUCUUGCCCACCAUCUUCUUCCACCUGACCACUGCGUACGACAUUCUGCGCAAGGAGGGCGUCCCUCUGGGCAAGAACGACUACCUUGAGCCAUUCCACGGUACAUUCGCUUAAGAGUUGAAAUUAUUGGGGCAUUGAGAUGGAACUAAAAAAGAAAGAAAGAAAGGAGGGGCCACUGGCUGGUUUCAACAGUGGGCCUUUUGGUUUGAAUGGAUUAUGAUGAUUGUGAGAUUUACCAAUUAUCAUCGAACGGAACAGGCACUCGAUAUGGGGUUUUUAUGUUUUGACAAAGAGCGCCGUUCAAUCAAUACCCGUCAUGUUCUCUUUUU